AUGUCGCACCUCAAUUACGAGACUCGCCUCCCACUUGGACAAGCCACCAUCGAACACUUCUUGGGUCUUCCAGCGCACCCAACCAAGUGUCAGGCGACGUACGUCUGGAUCGAUGGAACCGGCGAACAGCUUCGUGCCAAGACCCGUACCAUCACCACAAAGCCUACAACUAUCAGCGACUAUCCAGUCUGGAACUAUGAUGGAUCGUCAACAGGGCAAGCUGAAGGAAUCAACUCGGACCGCUACUUGAAACCUGUCGCCGUGUUUUCCGACCCGUUUUUGGGAGGACAAAACGUUCUGGUGAUGUGUGAGACACUGGACCACGAAAUGAAGCCAACAGCCACCAACCACCGUCAUAAGUGCGCCGCUCUCAUGCAGCAAGCUGCCGCUCACUACCCAUGGUUCGGAAUGGAGCAGGAGUACCUGAUUGUCGACAGGGAUGAGCACCCACUCGGAUGGCCAAAGCAUGGAUAUCCAGCACCACAAGGAAAGUAUUACUGUGGAGUUGGAGCCGAUCGUGCCUUCGGACGUGAAGUCGUCGAGACUCACUACCGCGCCUGUCUCCACGCCGGAAUUAACAUCUUCGGGUCGAACGGAGAAGUCACUCCAGGACAAUGGGAAUUCCAAAUCGGAACAUGCGAAGGAAUCGAGAUGGGUGAUCAGCUCUGGAUGGCCAGAUACAUCCUCCACAGAGUCGCUGAGAUGUUCGGAGUGUGCAUUUCGCUCGACCCCAAGCCAAGAGUCACAAUGGGAGAGUGGAAUGGCGCCGGAUGCCAUACAAACUUCUCAACCAUCGAAAUGCGCAAAGCUAACGGUAUCACAGCCAUCUUCGAAGCGAUGAAAGGUCUCGAAAAGACUCACACCGAAGCCAUGAAGGUAUACGAUCCAUGUGGCGGAGCAGACAACCUUCGCCGCUUGACGGGUCGUCAUGAGACCAGCGAAGCUGACAAGUUCUCGUGGGGAAUCGCCAAUCGUGCUUGCUCGAUCCGCAUUCCACGUCAAGUUGCUGAUGAGGCUCAGGGUUACCUCGAAGACCGUCGUCCAUCAUCAAACUGCGACCCAUACCUGGUGACUGGAAUGAUCGUGAAAAGUAUUCUGCUCAACGGACAUUCUUCUCCAUCUCCAAAAAAGACUAAACUUAUUGUUGCAUAA